GUACUCUUCAGUGGAGGUGUGAAAAGCCAAUGUUUACGCUAGCGAAAUUGCUGAAUUUCAUCAUGUUAUUUUAAAUCACUUUUUAGUCUUAUCUACACUCGUUCUUUUGUUGUAAAAAGUCAUAAUUAUUGAAAUAUGGACGACGCCAAACCGGAUUCACCAGCUGUCACGGUUGCAUCAAAGGUCCAUUUCUCAGAAAUGUGUGGGUUGCUGGAGAAAAUUUCUAAAACGCAAGGAAAUGACAAGAAAAAGAGAAUUUUAAAAGAUUUUAUAGAUCAAUGGAGAAAAUCACACCAGGUUGUCCAUGGAUCAGAAAAAACGACAACAGAUUCAUUUUAUCCUGCUAUGAGACUGUUGCUUCCACAUUUAGAGAAAGAGAGAGUUGCUUAUGGUAUAAAGGAGCACAUGUUUGCCAAACUGCUGAUUGAAGUAUUGUGUUUAGGAAAAGACAGUCCAGAUGCCCAUAGGCUCCUUAAUUAUAAGGCUCCAAAGACAGCUAAAGCAGAUGUAGGGGAUUUUGCUAGUGUUGUGUAUUUUGUUUUACAAAACCGCUGUCCAAGUCGAGGCACGUUAUUCAUCGAGGAAGUAAACGAUUGUCUGGAUGGUAUAGCUACAAACAAUGUGGCAAAAAAGAAAGAUGCUGUCAGGAAACAUAUUGUAAAGUUGAUUACAAAUAUGUCUGCUCUAGAACUGAAGUGGCUCACCAGAAUGAUUGUUAAGGAACUGAAGAUUGGAUUAAGUCAGUCAUCUGUAUUGUCAGUGUUCCAUCCUGAUGCUGAAGAAUUCUAUAAUGUUAACAAUAACUUGGAAAAAGUGUGUAGAAUGAUGCACGACCCAUCAGUAAGAAUCCAUGAGAUUGGUAUAUCAGUAUUUUCUCCAUUUACACCAAUGCUUGGAGAGAGAGCUUCACCUGAUAAGGUUGAGAAGUUAAUGGAAGGGAAACCAUAUUUUAUUGAGACUAAAUUUGAUGGGGAAAGAAUGCUGCUACAUAAAGAUGCUGGUGAAUACAAGUUCUACUCUAGAAGUGGUAAUGAGUAUACUAACAUAUUCGGAUCAAACCAGUAUGACGGCACAUUAACACAGUAUAUACAUGAUCUAUUUAAACCAGAUGUAAAGACUUGUAUCCUUGAUGGUGAAAUGAUCCUGUACCAUCCUGAAACAGAGACAUAUGCAACAAAAGCGAUGAACACAGAUGUGAAAUCAACUAAUCGUGAUGGCUUUCAACCAUGUCUACAUGUGUUUGAUAUUUUAUUUCUCAAUGAUAAAGUGUUAACUAAUCUACCACUAAAGGAAAGAGUUAAAUACCUGGAAAAAACUUUUAACACAGAGAAAGGCAGACUUAUCAUCAGUGAACAUAAGGAGGCUAAAACUAAUCAGGACUGUGCUGAUGCUCUGAAUGAGGCUAUAGAUGGUAGGGAAGAGGGUAUCAUGGUGAAAAACCCCGAGUCUGUAUAUAGACCUAAUACAAGGAAAGGAGGCUGGUUCAAGGUCAAACCAGAAUAUGUAGGAGGUUUAAUGGAUGAGUUGGAUGUACUGGUAGUUGGUGGGUAUUUUGGUGUUGGUCACAGGGCUGGUAUGAUGUCACACUUCCUCUGUGCUGUAGCUGUCCCACCGAAAGAAGGAAAUCAACCAGAAAUUUUCUACUCUUUUUGCAAGAUAGGGUCAGGCUAUUCCAAGAAAGAGCUUCAAGAUUUCAAUGCAAAGUUAGUGGAUCAUUGGCAAGCAUUUGACAAGAAGAAUCCACCCAAAUGUAUAGAACUAGCAAGUGGAUUCAAGGAGAAACCUGAUGCUUGGAUAGAACCAAGCAAGUCUGCAAUAGUACAGAUAAAAGCAGCAGAAAUUAUUGACAGUGAUAGAUUUCGGACAGGGUCAACGUUAAGAUUCCCGAGGGUAGAGAAGUUCCGUGAUGACAAAGAGUGGUAUGACUGUAUGACAACAGAUGAGAUAGAGCAAUUAAAACAGAAAUCUGGUGGUAAGUUAGCUGGUGGUUAUGUUGAACUAGGAGAAGAGCAAGAACCAGCUAAGAAAAAGAGAAAAAUUGUGUCUCGUGCAGUGAGGCCCACCCUAGGUAGUCAGUUCCGUGCUGCAGAUACUUCUUCUGUACAACAGGUGUCUAAACUAUUGGAGGGCAAGGAGAUAUGUGUGAUAAAUGGACCAUCCUCAUGUCCUAAACAAGAAUUAGAGAAGAAAAUUGUAGAAUGUGGUGGCUCAGUGGUACAAAAUCCAGGUAUUGGCACAUAUUGUGUAGUUGUUGAAAAGAUUGUAUUCAGGGUAAACAACAUGAUCAAGACAAACCACUAUGAUAUUGUCAAAGCUGAUUGGUUAAUAAGAUGUCUAGAUGCCAAAUCAUUGAUACCAUGGUCACCUGGAGACAUGAUCAAUGUUUCCGAGAAGACACAGAAAUUAUUUCAACAAGAUUUUGAUGAGUAUGGUGACAGUUAUGUUGAGGAGACAACACCAGAAAGAUUGGCUCAAGUCCUCGCUAAAAUACAGGAACCUGAUAAAGUCCUUAGUAAAACAGAGAUAGCUGAAAUAGAAGAUAAAUAUUUCCCUGAUGAGUCUCCAUAUGGUCUUUUUAGAACGUGCAAAAUUUACCUCGACAAUAACUUAGUAGUGGGAGACAGAUCAACUCAUAUAAAAGACAGUAGUUUAGACUUACUGGCACUAGAGUUACGGUUCUUUGGAGCAGACAUGUCGAAUAAACUUACAGCAGAUGUCUCUCAUGUAAUGGUGGAUGAAAGUGAUCUCAGCAGAUUAUCAGAGUUGAAGAAAGAACGCAGAACAAGACAUAAAAAGUUUCAUAUUGUUACACCAGCAUGGGUUAAACAGUGUAUGGAAGAAGGUGGUGUCAUUAACGAACGUGCAUUUGAACCAAUACUUACAUCUUGAAACAUGUCAAAGUUUUAUUCAUUAUUAACAAAGUUGGUUCAUAAACUGUAGUGCAAUUGUUUGAAGACAUUAACUUGCAUCUACUAUUGUUACUAACCAAAAUUAUGUUGUAGUAUGUAUUUUUAAACCAUGCAUAUGCAUAGAUUAUGUUGUUAAUUGUUGAUCAUACAAAAGUAUCAAAAUGUUAACUUUUGAUUAUUUCCAUGGGGCCAGCAUACAUGCACAUUUUUUGUUGUAAAAAAAUCUUUUUCUGUUAUUGUAGAGUAAGAUGAAAAUAUUUGUGUGAAGUAUAUGCAGUAUCUGUCAAUAAUUUGUUAGUGAAAAAUAUCUGUCAAUAAAUAUUAGCAAUUUGUGAACAGUAAUGUUACUUCAUUAUUCUAAUAUAAUUGAGUCAUGCCAGGAAAUUAAAGCAUAUCAAGCUAUACAUUUGCUGUCUGAGGGUUGUAAAAUUAUCGUUUAUUUGUGAUUAAAAUGAUUACAGAAUACCAUAGAAUGAAAGAAAAUUUGUCAGUAUCUCUUAUUCAAAGUCAGUGGUGGGAUCAUCGCCAAAUCUACUUAAGAUAGGAGCAGAAUAUUUUGUUACAGAACUUUUUAUUUAGUUUAGGAAAAAUACUCUUUUACGAGUAUAUUAAAAUUACAUAGAAAUUCUAUAGCUUUUAAGAAACCAGCAUUAAGCUAUGAAAAUUACCAUUUUACUGUUUUUGAGUUUUUAUAAAAUAUUUCAACAGAUAUAGCUUUAUACAUGUUAAGGCAGCUAAAUUUUGAUGAUUUAUUAUUUUUAUUAGAAAUUAAAUGUAUUACAUGUACUUACUAGAGAUUAGAAAAAUCUAAAAUGGUACUUAAAGUAGAAUUGUUUUUAAUAUUCAUGUGCCAUCUCUUAUUUAUUUUCCUUUAAUAAAUUAUUUAUAAAACUUUA